CGUAUAAUUAUACCGUAUAGCAUCAGUGUGACAAUGUUACUACACGAAAGUGCAAACAUGGAACAAAGUGUGCCCGAGAAUCUCAGCACUCAUGUGUUUAACGACUGUGACAUAAAGUUGCAAACACCUUGUCACGAUCCCAUGGACAGUGAGAACGGUUCCAACUCUAACAGUGAUUUGCCCACCAAAGAUUCAGUUUCCAGUCCCCGUUUAGCGACAAGUGUCACAGCUUCGAAUACAUCCCUCACCAGCAAUGGCAGCAGCAGCAGCAGCAGCAACAGCAACACAACCAAAGUGAAACUUAGUUUCAGUGUCGAUCGUUUAUUGAGCGCCGAGCGCCUCGAUCCUCUGCCCAUACCAAACCCAACGUCCUCGCGACAAUGCUGUGAUGGCAGUGUCUAUGCCUGCUGCACAUUUUCCAGCUGCUUUGGACAGACAGCAGAAGCUGCUAAGCACGCUCCCAUGUCUGCGCCCCAAGGACUAGCAAAUGCGCAUAAUUAUAACUAUGCGGGAAUAGAUAAGUUCUAUUCGGGCAUAUAUAUGGAUUACAAGUCGGUGCUGAGACCGACGCCCAUUCGAGCAGCUGAGCAUGCAACAACAUUUCCUACGCUGGCAACGAACGCACUGAUGCGUUUCCAUCAACAGCAGCAGCAACAACAUCAUCAACAGCAGCAACACAUACAUCCACAACAACAACAACACAAGGCAGCAACGCUGUUGCACAGCCCAACAUCUGCUGCGCUGCUGGCGCCAUUAAAUAGCCUCAAGACGUUGCAGUUAACGCAGCAGCAACGUUUCAUGGCCAAAACGGCGCAUCAACAGUUGCUGGACAUUCCCACAGCGGCAACAGGUGCCGCAAACACAUUACAAAAUGGCGGCCACAGCAAUAACAGCAGCAGCAACAACAGCAGCGUCAGUAACAACAACCACAGCAACAGCAACAGCAACAGCAAUGGAAAUGGCAAUGGCAGCAAACGCAAACGUUCCUGGUCACGAGCCGUGUUCACAAAUCUGCAGCGAAAAGGACUCGAAAUACAAUUCCAGCAACAGAAAUACAUAACCAAACCGGAUAGACGCAAGUUGGCCGCACGGCUGAAUCUGACAGACGCUCAGGUCAAAGUCUGGUUCCAGAAUCGGCGCAUGAAAUGGCGUCACACGCGCGAAAAUCUAAAAAGCGGACACGAGAAGCAGCCACAGCCACAGCCCAUGGGUUCCAGCAACAGCCCGGCGAAGACCUUGCUGGUCACAACUGGAGUUGGAGCUGGAGCAAGGCCACACGAAAUGUUGGACUACAGCUCCGACAGCUGUUCCAGCGUGGAGCUCAGCGAACGAGCCGACGACGAUGAUAACAUUGAAAUUGAUGUCGUUGAAUAG